GCCACUGCAGGGCUGAUAACCAGAUGUCACAGCUGGUUCCCGACUGGGAUAGGAGAGACUCUGCCGAGGAUGGUCCCUCAAUUACGCAGGCCAAUUUCCGCACCAGAGUGACAAAAACAGGGGCCCCUAAAAGACUAGACCCCUUUCUUCAUUUCCUUGGGGAAAGAAACCCAUGAUCUUCAGUUCCUCAGAGAAGUGAAAGUAGCAACAAGGAAUCCAGUCAUUCCUGUUAUCUGCAGGCUUUAUAAGUCAGCUCAGCCCAAGGAGGUGGCCCAGAGCCCUCGCACGCCAGCCACCGCGGUCCUCUCGCUGAAUCGGGAGCCCUGCCAGGAUGCCCCGGCCGCCCGCCUUCCUGCUGCUUCUCCUCCUCUCCAUCAGCAGUGCCCUGGCCCUGAGGCUCUGCUCCUUUAACGUGAGGUCCUUUGGGGAAGCCAAGAAGGAAAACAAGAAUGCCAUGGACGUCAUCAUGAAGGUCAUCAAACGCUGUGAUAUCAUACUCCUGAUGGAAAUCAAGGACAGCAACAACAGGAUCUGUCCCACCCUCAUGGAGAGAUUAAAUGGAAACUCAAGAAGACAUAUAAUCUACAACUAUGUGAUUAGCUCUCGACUUGGAAGAAACACAUAUAAAGAACAGUAUGCCUUUCUCUACAAGGAAAAGCUAGUGUCUGUGAAGAAACGCUACCUCUACCAUGACUAUCAGGCUGGUGACGCAGAUGUGUUUUCCAGAGAACCCUUUGUGGUCUGGUUCCAGUCACCCCACACCGCUGUCAAGGACUUCGUGAUUGUCCCCCUGCACACCACCCCUGAGACCUCCGUGAAAGAGAUUGAUGAGCUCGCUGAUGUCUACUGGGAUGUGAAACGCCGCUGGAAGGCAGAGAAUUUCAUUUUCAUGGGUGACUUCAAUGCCGGCUGUAGCUAUGUCCCCAAGAAGGCCUGGAAGAACAUCCGCUUGAGGACUGACACCAGGUUUGUCUGGCUGAUAGGGGACCAAGAAGACACCACAGUCAAGGGGAGCACCAGCUGUGCAUAUGACAGGAUCGUGCUUAGAGGACAAGAGAUCGUCAACUCUGUUGUUCUCAAAUCAAACAGCACCUUUAACUUCCAGAAAGCUUAUGGGUUGACCGAGGAGGAGGCUUUGGAGGUCAGCGACCACUUUCCAGUUGAAUUUAAACUACAGUCUUCAAGGGCCUUCACCAACAGCAAGAAAUCUAUCUCUCCGAAGAAGAAAAAGGUCCGACGCUCCUAGAUACAAAGGAGCCAUUGUACUAACCAUUUCUUGUCUCUAAAUAAAACAGCUCUAAGAUGCAUGGGCUGCUGCCUGCACUCAGGAAACAAGACUGGUCCAACUGCUUUCAUUUUCAACGUGAAUUUAAUCUGCCUUGAAUUGGGGGUGCCUCGGUGGCUCAGGCAGUUAAGCAUCUGCCUUCAGCUCAGGUUA